AUGGCCGACUUUACACUCAAGGAUGCCAACGUCGAGAAUCUGCGGCCGCUCAAGGUCCGCGUCAUCGGCGCCGGCUACUCUGGCAUCGUGGCCGCUAUUCGGAUACCUCAACGGCUGCGCAAUGUUGACCUCGUCGUCUACGAAAAGGAAGAGGGCAUCGGCGGUGUCUGGUGGGUAAACAAGUACCCGGGCAUUGCCUGUGACAUUCCUGCCCACUCGUACCAAUACACAUUCAACCCCAACCCCAACUGGUCCUCCCUCUACGCCCCCGGCAAGGAGAUCCAGGCGUACCUGCAGUCCACGGCCGAGCGCUUCGGCGCCACCCGCUUCAUCAAGACCCAGCACAAGCUCACGAGCGCCGCCUGGGAUGCCGCCACCAAGGAGUGGGUGCUGCAGGUGACCAACCUGGCGACGGGCACCGCCUUUGAGGAGCGCUGCAACAUUCUGAUCACCGCGCGCGGCCAGCUGAGCAACAUCAACUGGCCCGACCUCGACGGCCUCGACACGUUCAAGGGCAAGAUCAUGCACUCGGCCGCCUGGGACACCGACUACGACUUCACCGGCAAGCGCGUCGCCGUCAUUGGCAACGGCUCAUCGAGCAUCCAGAUCGUGCCGAGCCUGCAAAAGGUCGCCGGCACCGACCUCAAGGUGUUUAUGCGCAGCAAGACCUGGAUCUCCUCGCGCUUUGGCGACAAUGCCAUGGUCCAGCUGGGGCUGGAUCCCAACGACCUAACGAAUGCAACGACGGCAGUCCCCCCCGAACGCCGUGCCGAGUGGGCCGCCGACAAGGACGCCUACUUCAAGCUCCGCAAGGCCUUUGAGACGGACGGCAACGCCAUCCACGACUCCACCAUCCUCGGCACCGACAUGCAGAAGCUGUUCCAGGGCCUCUUCCGCAGCGGCAUGCAGGAGCGCCUCAAGGCGCGCCCGGACCUGUUUGACCUCAUUGUGCCCGACUUUGCCCCCGGCUGCCGCCGCCUGACGCCCGGCAAGGGCUAUCUCGAAGCCCUCAUGGCCCCCAACGUCGAGGUCCUGCCCGAGGCCGUCGCCGGCGUCGACGCCACCGGCGUGCGGACCGCCGGGGGCCGCCACCUGGACGUCGACGUCAUUGUCUGCGCCACGGGCUUCAAGGUCUCGGAACCGCCGCCGUUCUCGGUGCGCGGCCGCGACGGCCGCGAGCUGCAGGACCGCUGGGCCGCGCGCCCCGAGUCGUACCUGUCGGUCGCCGUCGACGGCUUCCCCAACUACCUCAUGAUGUUCGGGCCCAACUCCGCCAUCGGCUUCGGCAGCCUCACCAAGAUCUUGGAGGCCGAGUGCGACUACAUUGUCCAGGUCCUGCGCAAGGUCCAGCGCGAGGACUACGCCACCAUCGAGCCCAAAAAACAGCGCGUCGACGACUUCACCCAGUACAUUGGCGCCUACUUUGCCAACACCGUCUACAUGGACAACUGCCGCUCGUGGUACCGCACGCAGGGCGGCACGGGCAACUGGAUCUGCGGCCUGUGGCCCGGGUCGACGGUGCACGCCCUCGAGGCGCUGCGCGCCCCGCGCUGGGAAGACUUUGACUACGAGAGCGUCGACGGCCCCCAGGCCAACGGCAUGCGCUGGCUCGGCAACGGCCGCAGCGUGACGCAGGAGCCCGGCGGCGACCCGUCGUGGUACAUCAACCCCGAGUUUGUCGACACGCCCGUCGAGGGCCGUCCGGAGGACCAGCCCGAGUACAAGGUGCGGCCGUGGCUGUACUGA